GCUUGGGCUCAGACUCGGGUUCCUGCCGGGUAGCAGACCCAAGGGCUGGUCCCGUAGCAGGACCAGGUCCAAGACCCACCACAGUCGGGAUGGCCCUCGCCAAGUCGCAGUGCCGCCGCCUUGAGGGGCGGGUCGCGGUCGUCACGGCGUCCACCGCCGGGAUCGGGCUCGGCAUUGCGCGCCGGCUUGGCCACGAAGGCGCCAGCGUUGUCGUUUCCUCGCGCAAGCAGAAAAAUGUGGAUGAGGCUGUGAACACCCUAAGGAGCGAGGGAAUCGAUGUGAUGGGCGCUGUGUGUCACGUGGGCAGCGCACAGCAAAGGAAAGCGUUAGUCAAGGCAACUGUCAAGGAUGCAGCUGCUCACAUAUCUCCAGGUUGCGGAUCUGUAAUUUUCAUUUCAUCUAUAUCGGCGUUUGAUCCCGCUCCGCCAAUAGCAACGUAUGCAAUCACGAAGACUGCUUUGCUGGGGCUCACGAAGGGCCUCGCGACAGAACUGGCGCCGGAGGUGCGCGUGAACUGUGUUGCCCCGGGAAUUGUUCCGACCAACUUCGCAGCUGCACUCGUAACAAGCGACGAAGCGAGGGAAGCCAGUGUGAGCAAGACAUUGUUGGGAAGGCUUGGCACUCCCGCCGAUAUUGGCUCGGUCGUUGCGUUCCUCGCAUCUGAUGACGCUUCCUACAUUACCGGCGAAACUAUCAUUGCGGCAGGGGGUAUGCAGUCCCGAUUGUAAAAGAUGGGCUUGAUCUGAUCUGUCCACUCGACGGAAGUCAGUUCAUCCGAUUCACUGUCUGCUGUUGAUUUCAAUAUUUUCGAGUCCUACUUUUGGUGUGAAUAUAGUCUGCUGUGUCGUGUUUGCUAAGCCUCCCUCGUCAGGCUUUGUCGUCACCGUUUCAUGUGUGGCAUUUCUUCACGUAUUCAGUUGUCGUAAUUUGGUGGGGUGGGGUGGGGUGGGGUGGGGGGGGAGAGGAACUUAAACCACCAGUACUUGGCCCGACUAUCGGCCAUGGAGAAAAAUAGAGUAGAAAUGUUACUAGUCGGAUGAAUCUGGGCACUCCUGUAGGGGCCUGCCCGUACGUUUCGAAAGCCGUGGUUGGUUUGUUAAUGGGUACAACUUUAGCAAGUACUGGUGGUUUUAAAAGGGUUUUCUAGCACUGUUGGAAUGGCCCCCCGGUAGUGUGCUUGUGCUUGCUCGCUUCUUCACAACUAUCAAAAAUUCAAAAUAUGUCAAAAGUAUGUUUGUGUUGUAUUGUUGUCCUAAUGGUCGCAGGUUCCCAUCUACUUCUGUUUUUCAGCCCGGAUACGGUGGAAACCUCUUGAGUCUGUCAGGGUUCGAACCUGAGUCUCUGGGCUAAACACUGUAUACAGUCUAUUGGUCUUGAGAACAUGGGCACACAUUUGCACAAAAUUGGAAAUAUUGUGUAUGUGUACUAUGUGACACUGUUUUUUUUUUUUUUUAAUGUGUGUGUGCUUGGCGCCCACCACCUAGAGAUAGACCACUGGAUCCCCCGAUCGGCAUUGAGCAGAGUCUGCUGAUGUUCGUAGGGGAGGGGACCUGAGGGGAGGCACAGGGAUUGGUCCUGUUGGCAUGGUCCCUGAUGCUACUGGCUCUCCCCUAGCCGGUAUCGCCCACCUGCAGGUCGGGAGCAGCCCCCGCAUGUUCUCUCGUGAACACAGUUCUGGAUGCUACGGGGUUCCCCUUAUGCCUACAAUUAAGAGUAGUGGUAGGUAGGUAGUGUGAGGUGAAAUUGAGAGAAGAACAUAGCUUUUUGAAAAAAAUAAAAAUAAAAAAAGUUGUGUGUGUGUGUGUGUGUGUAAUCAUUGUAAUGGGUCUGGCAAGUCACUUGUCUCCCUCCUGGCCAGACACAAUGAACUUUUUUUUUGUUUUUUUUUGGUUGGUUGGUUGGUUGGUUGGUUGGUUGGUUGGUUAGAGGAGAAGAUAAAUCUGAGGAUUAGAACUUAGGGUCUCGUUAGACGCUCCUAAAAGAAUCCUAAAAUUUUUAGGACGACUCCUAAAGGUUUUUUAGGAUUUCGUGCGGCGUCGUUACGCGCAGUCCUAAAAAUCAUCUUUUAGGAUUCGUCCUAAAAGGUCUCCGCGGCCUGUUUUCAUAUUCGUAUACGCAGCGGCGUCGCCGAUGUCCGUCGGGUCCUGGCUGGUGUUCGUAUUACACACUGCGGAGGCCUUGGGCGGGUGAGGAGGGGUGGGUGAAAAGCGCGGUCAACCCGAGCUUCAAAAAUUCAAAUUCGAAUUCUCGCGGACGCAGGGUGGCGGGGCGGAGGACGGCCAGGCGACGCGUGUGACGUACAAACGACGGCGCUGGCGAACCGUUCGGCGUGGAUAUCUGUCUUCCGACUCCACGCAAGUUGUGACCAGCGGGGGCAUCUUCCUGCAAGGCGCAUCUUCACCUCCGCCGUGCGUGCUGUCCUGUGGAAGCGUAGAGCAGCGGGCGCGUGGGUUGGUGCGAUCGGCAGGCGGGUGGAAUUGACACGUGGCCCGUGUCCAUUGGCGUCUUGCACGAAGUUGCUGGGUCGAUUGUAUGGCGGCAUGGUUGUCGUCUGUGACUUCCUUUCUUGUUUUCAUCGUGUGGACGGUUGCGUGGUUCG